UUUGACAUGAAUGUUACAGGUGCAAGAGAAACUGGAAUGAUCUGGCCGUUUACCGAAACUUGCUGAAGCAAACCCUUGUGACCUCUCUGGACACUUGUACCAUCCCAGGUGGAACGUGGACGCAGCGUCCGAGCAGGGAUUCUUCUCUGGAGAGCCUUCCUGAAACCCAGCGGGCGUUUUCAGAGAGUUAAGGGCUGGCCUGUGGGUUCGGACCCAGGGCGCUGGGGCAGAGCAGGGGACGGGAUGGCAAGCAGGUCAGCAGAGCCUCCGAGAGGGGGCCGGGGGACUUAGCUGCUCCGCACCCUCCUGGCGGCCUGGGCCCCUCCUCCCGCGCACGCGCACCAUGGAGCCCCCGGGGUACAACUGCUUCGUGGACAGAGACAAGAUGGACGCCGCCGUGCAGGACCUGGGCCCCAAGGAGCUGAGCUGCGCGGAGCUGCAGGAGCUGAAGCAGCUGGCCCGCCAGGGCUACUGGGCCCGCAGCUACGCCCUGCGGGGCAAGGUGUACCAGCGCCUGAUCCGGGACAUCCCUUGCCGCACGGUCACGCCGGAUGCCAGCGUGUACAGCGACAUCGUGGGCAAGAUCGUGGGCAAGCCCAGCAGCAGCGGCCUGCCCUUGCCCGAGUUCGUGGACAACACGCAGGUGCCCAGCUACUGCCUGAACGCGCGCGGCCAGGACGCCGUGCGCAAGAUCCUGCUCUGCAUCGCCAACCAGUUCCCCGACGUGUCAUUCUGCCCCGCGCUGCCCGCCGUCGUGGCGCUGCUGCUGCACUACAGCGCAGAUGAGGCCCAGUGCUUCGAGAAUGCCUGCCGCAUCCUGGCUUGCAACGACCCCAGCCGGAGGCUGCUGGACCAGAGCUUCCUGGCGUUCGAGUCCUCCUGCAUGACCUUUGGGGACCUGGUGAACAAGUACUGCCAGGCGGCACACAAGCUGAUGGUGGCCGUGUCGGAGGACGUCCUGCAGGUCUAUGCGGACUGGCAGCGCUGGCUCUUCGGGGAGCUGCCCCUCGGCCACUUGGCCCGCGUCUUCGACGUCUUCCUGGUGGAAGGCUACAAGGUGCUGUACCGCGUGGCGCUGGCGAUCCUCAAGUUCUUCCACAAGGCGAGGGCGGGGCAGCCGCUCGGGUCCGACAGCGUGAAGCAGGACAUCCGCGCCUUCGUCCGGGACAUCGCCAAGACCGUGUCUCCGGAGAAGCUGCUGGAGAAAGCGUUCGCCAUCCGCCUCUUCUCCCGGAAGGAGAUUCAGCUCCUGCAGAUGGCCAACGAGAAAGCGCUGAAGCAGAAAGGCAUCACCGUUAAGCAGAAGAGUGUUUCACUUUCUAAAAGGCAGUUUGUGCACUUGGCGGUGCAUGCGGAGAACUUCCACUCCGAGAUCGUCAGCGUGAAGGAGAUGAGGGACAUCUGGUCGUGGGUCCCCGAGCGCUUCGCCCUCUGCCAGCCCCUCCUGCUCUUCUCCUCGCUCCAGCACGGGUACAGCCUGACCAGGUUUUAUUUCCAGUGUGAAGGACAUGAGCCCACCGUCCUCCUCCUGAAGACCACGCAGAAGGAGGUGUGUGGGGCUUACCUGUCAACAGACUGGAGCGAGAGGAACCAGUUUGGAGGCAAAGUGGGCUUCUUUGGGACCGGAGAGUGCUUUGUGUUCAGGCUGCAGCCUGAGGUCCAGCGCUACGAGUGGGUGGUCAUCAAACACCCGGAGCUGACCAGGCCGGUGUCCUCGGAGGCCACAGCCACUCCGUCCUCGCUCGGCCGCCCCACGUCCUCAGACCCCGCGGACCGCCUCUCGCCCUUCCUGGCCACGCGGCACUUCAACCUGCCCUCGAAGACUGAAUCCAUGUUCAUGGCCGGGGGCACUGACUGCCUCAUCGUAGGUGGAGGGGGUGGCCAGGCGCUCUACAUCGACGGGGACCUGAACCGGGGCCGCACUGGCCACUGCGACACUUUCAACAACCAGCCCCUCUGCUCAGAGAACUUCCUCAUCGCUGCUGUGGAGGCCUGGGGCUUCCAAGACCCUGACACCCAGUGACGGGCCUGCGCUGGGGACAGAGCUGUCACCGUGCGGUGGGGUGGGGCUGUGGCCCCCUCUUCAUGGGACAGGCAGUAAAGGAAGAACCACCCCCCACAUGGUGGGCAGCAUUGGGGUGUAGCUGGGACUCUGGUGCUGGGCCAGGAAGGGGUUCCCGGGCCUCGGCUGGCUGAGCCCAGCCCUACUCGACCUGCGCAGACUUGCUUGGCCUCCAGCCGGGAUGAGGCCUGGUUCUCUGUGGAGGCAUCCGUGCCUGAGGCCUGGAAGGGGCUACAUCUUGCAGCCCCUGAGUCUUAGUCCCUUGGUGCAGAGAUGGGGACUGGGAAAGGCAGAAGGAACCUUCCAGCAAGCGUGGGUCCACGGUGCCCCCUGCUGGGGACUGUCAGCGUGGCUCUGAGCAGAGACCCGAGGCCACCUGCUGGAGGCUCCCCAGGAGAGACAGAGCCCUGGGGGCUGCCCCUGUCCGUAUCCCCUUCCCACUGCCCAGGUCCUCUAACCCAGUGCCCUAUGCUAGUGCUGGCCUCCUGCGGCCGCCUCUUGGACAGGAGCAGCAGGGUGAAGGAGGGGCGGGCAGGAUGUGUGCUGAGCUCGAGGCCCCUCCCCAAGGCGGGAGGGCCGGUGUGACGUGGGGCUGGAGAGCCCCCUGUCUGAAACCAGGCCCCGAAGCUCGAAGCUCGCUGUGGGUUCCCCCCUGGAGACGCCGCCCAGGAUGGCCCUAGAGGGCCCUCUGCUGCUGACCCCAAACCCACAGGCUCCAUUUCCAUGGGCUUGUCCUGAGCAGCCCCGGCCCCUGGGGGCUUCUUCAGCCCUCCUCCUCUCUGCCAGGGGAGCCUCCUCCACUCCCACGAGGUCCCCGAGGUCCCUGUGGUGGCCCCAGGAUUCCGUCCAGACUUCUCAGCAUGGCAUGCUUGUCUUUGUCCGUCCCCACAGGCCCCAGGUUGCCGGGGCCACCCCCUCCCCCAGAUCUUCACCACACGCCCCUCUGUGCCUCUCUCAGCCCUGUGCUUGGCCGCUCGGCGUGUGUGUCCGUAAGCUGCGGCCUGUCCCCCUCUCCCCUGCCCCACCUGGCCCUGCACACGCCCUGUGGAAUGUAGGUGCCACGUGCACACUUGCCUCUGGGUGGGGAAUGGCCUCCCACCCCGUGCCCUCCCUCAGCUGGUCCUGAGGGCCUGGGCACCCGGUGAGGGAGGGAGCAGACCGACGCCCAAGCAGCCGUGCCACCAAGCUAUGGCAGCCUGGGCGGCAGGUGCUGGGGUCCUGGCCCUCACAUGGCUGCAGCCAGCCCCUCGGUGUCCCCACCCAUCAUGCGUCUGCCAUCUCCAUCUUGCUUGGCCCUCCUGUGGGGCACUGACCCUCCCCGGCCCUUACUUCAGUCUCCUCUGAGUGGGGCCUCGUGGUGCAGGAAGAAGAACCAGGAGCCCGGCGUGGCGUUGGGCGAGCCUGUGAAUCUGCCUGGAACUCAGUUUCCCCAACUGUAAAAUGGGGCCAGUCAUCCUGCACGGCUGGGUCUGUUGAGAGGCUCUGAGGGGGACUCGGAGUCUCUAGUGGGAGAAGAGGUGCUGGGAGGCAAGGUCACAGCUCACCCCCACCCCCGCAGCCCUUGCCCCCCUCCCUCUGAGACCCCACAGCCCUCCCUGUGGCUCCAACUUUGGUGUUCAUUAAACAGUCUCGUUACAUGAA